AUGCCUCAGCGGCUAGAUCACUCGCGGUUAAUUGCGGAUCAGACCAAGCCAUUAGUAGACAAUCCCCAGAUACAGUCUGCGACUCUCCACACAGCUUUGCCGCUUACAUUCCAUCUCUACGUGUGGCCCUUCACGUUUCUCUGGCCGGCGUUUCUUGCCAUUUACCUGUCGCCAACCCGCUAUGCAACAUACAUUAAUGGACAGGAAUGGACUUUUGUCUGGGUGGGGUCCAUUCUUACCCUACAGGCACUUGUCUGGCUGAUGACCAAAUGGAACGUCAAUCUGAAUGCUGCGUUUACGACGCGCAAGGCAACCUCAGUGGAUGAUGCGGAAUUAAUUAAGGUGACCCCUAUUACGAAUGCCGGGUCUGCCGCCAUUUGCCGCAUAGACCGCGAGAAAGAGAGAGAUCGAUUGAGGAUAAGCUUUCUGUUCCAGAAGAGACGGUUCAUAUAUUCGCCCGAGAAGAAGUCAUUCGCCCCUUUGUCGUACCCCUUGGAUGCCCACCAGAAGCCUUCGCUUGCUACGUUCCAGAAAUCGCAGGGCUUGACAACGGCGGCAGAGGUAGAAGCAGUACACCAACAUUAUGGCGAUAACACUUUCGACAUCCCGGUACCGGGCUUUGUCGAACUAUUUAAGGAACACGCAGUGGCACCUUUCUUCGUCUUUCAGGUUUUCUGCGUAGGUCUCUGGCUGCUGGAUGAAUACUGGUAUUACUCACUGUUUACACUCUUUAUGUUAGUCGCAUUUGAGAGCACAGUGGUAUGGCAACGCCAGCGAACCCUGACCGAGUUCCGCGGUAUGAGCAUCAAGCCCUAUGACAUUUGGGUCUAUCGAGCAAAGAAAUGGACUGAGAUCAAAAGUGACAAGCUGUUGCCUGGAGACCUUGCCUCUGUAGGCCGAACGAAGGAGGACUCUGGAGUUGCAUGUGAUAUGUUGGUCGUCGAGGGUACGGCAAUAGUCAACGAAGCAAUGUUGUCCGGAGAGAGUACACCACUUCUCAAAGACUCCAUUCAGCUGAGACCUGGCGACGCUGCCAUCGACCCGGAAGGAAUUGACAAGAAUGCUUUCCUCUAUGGCGGCACCAAGGUCCUGCAAGUCACGCAUCCCAGUGCUAGCGAAGAUGCUCCCGAAACUGUGCCGACGUUAGCUUCAGGUGUGCCUCCACCUCCCGACAAUGGCGCCAUGGCAGUAAUUGUCAAGACUGGCUUCGAAACGAGCCAAGGGAGCCUGGUGAGAACCAUGAUCUACUCCACAGAACGUGUCUCUGCCAAUAAUGCUGAGGCAUUAUGGUUCAUCUUGUUCUUACUGGUGUUUGCCUUGGCAGCCUCCUGGUACGUCUGGCAAGAAGGCGUGCAGAAGGACCGCAAGAGAUCAAAGCUGCUCCUUGACUGCGUUCUCAUCAUUACCAGUGUGGUGCCACCUGAGCUGCCGAUGGAACUUUCCCUGGCAGUCAAUACCAGUCUGGCCGCCUUGAGCAGGCUUGCAAUCUUCUGUACCGAACCGUUUCGUAUCCCUUUUGCCGGCCGGGUAGACAUCGCUUGUUUUGAUAAGACCGGCACUCUCACAGGCGAAGACCUGGUUGUUGAUGGUGUUGCAGGUCUGUCGCUGGGCAAAACGAGUCUGGCGUCGCAGCCAGACGGCGCGCAAAUCGAAAUCACCAAAGUACCAGACUGUGGCAUCGAGACUACACUUGUUCUUGCCACAGCCCACGCGCUAGUCAAGCUAGAUGAAGGAGAAGUUGUAGGUGAUCCUAUGGAGAAGGCUACACUCAAUUCCCUUGGAUGGACACUGGGUCGCAAUGACACGCUUACAAGCAAACCGCAAACCGCCACGAAGACGAAAUACACAUCUUAUGCGGCAUCUGACACUGUUCAGAUUAAGCGUCGCUUUCAAUUCUCCUCGGCACUAAAGCGACAAAGCUCUGUGGCAACGGUGGCCACUACCGACAGAUCUUCUGGCAAGAGGUCCAAGAGCACAAUCAUUGGCGUGAAAGGUGCACCGGAGACCAUCCGAACCAUGUUGGUUGACACUCCACCGAAGUAUGAGGAGACAUUCAAAUAUUUCACCCGAAAUGGUGCUCGAGUGCUGGCGCUCGGCUACAAAUACCUUUCCACAGAUGCAGAGAUUGGCCAAAAGCGCAUUAAUGAUAUGAAGCGAGAGGAGGCUGAAGCAGAUCUUCAUUUUGCAGGUUUUCUUGUACUUCAAUGCCCGUUGAAGGACGAUGCUAUCAAGGCUGUAAGAAUGUUGAAUGAGAGCUGCCAUCGAGUGGUCAUGAUCACCGGUGACAACCCUCUGACCGCUGUCCAUGUGGCUCGUCAGGUUGAAAUUGUCGACCGUGACGUCUUGAUCCUCGACGCGCCAGAGAAUGAUCAAUCCGGCACUCGGUUGGUUUGGCGAAGCAUCGACGACAAGAUGAACGUACCGGUCGACCCCUCGCAGGAUCUGGACGCACAAAUCCUUGCAAAGAACGACAUCUGUGUUACUGGGUAUGCUCUGGCCAAGUUCAAGGACCAACGAGCAUUAGCUUCUCUUCUGCGUCAUACAUGGGUCUACGCCAGGGUAUCGCCCAAGCAAAAAGAAGAGAUAUUGCUUGGGUUGAAAGAUGCAGGCUACACGACCUUGAUGUGUGGUGACGGCACAAAUGAUGUGGGAGCACUGAAACAAGCACAUGUUGGAGUAGCACUCCUUAAUGGUUCGCAAGACGACCUUAAUAGGAUCGCUGAGCACUUCCGGACCACCAAAAUGAAGGAGAUUUACGAGAAGCAGGUCUCGGUGAUGAAGCGCUUCAAUCAACCUGCGCCUCCUGUGCCGAUCCAUAUUGCUCACCUCUAUCCACCGGGGCCAACCAACCCCAAUUAUCAGAAGGCAAUGGCGCGAGAGGCAGAAAAGAAAGGUGGUGCCGCAGCAAUUGCCGCUAAGCCUGAAGCCGAUGAGAAGCAAAAUGGCAGCAUCGACACCGUGGUCUCACCAGGAGCUCAAGCCCUCCAGCAGAAUCUGACCCCACAACAGCAGCGAGAACAGAAAGCUCGAGAAAAGGCUGCAGGAGUGGCUGACAUGUUCACAUCGAAGAUGAUGGAGCAGGAGCUAGAUGAUAACGAGCCGCCAACAAUCAAACUGGGUGAUGCUUCUGUGGCUGCGCCCUUCACGAGCAAGCUAGCCAAUGUCGUCGCCAUUCCCAACAUCAUCCGACAAGGUCGAUGUACCCUUGUCGCCACCAUUCAAAUGUACAAAAUCCUGGCAUUGAACUGCCUGAUCAGCGCAUACAGCCUUUCUGUCAUCUACCUCUCCGGCAUCAAGUUUGGAGAUGGCCAAGUCACCAUCAGCGGCAUGUUGAUGUCUGUCUGCUUCCUUUCCAUUUCUCGAGCCAAGUCCGUUGAAGGUCUCUCCAAAGAGCGGCCCCAACCCAACAUCUUCAACCCCUACAUCAUCGGCUCCAUCCUCGGCCAAUUCGCCAUCCACAUCGCCACCCUGAUCUCCCUGUCCAACUACGUCUACAGCGUGACUCCCGAAGCGCUAACCUCGGAAGUCGACCUGGAGGGCGAGUUCGAGCCCUCCCUCUUGAACUCGGCCGUGUACCUCCUCCAACUGAUCCAGCAAGUUUCCACCUUCGCCAUCAACUACCAAGGCCGGCCCUUCCGCGAAUCCAUCCGCGAGAACCGCGGCAUGUACUGGGGACUGAUUGCGUGCUCGUUCGUGGCGUUCAGUGCGAGCACGGAGUUUAUCCCCGAGCUGAACACGAAGCUCAGGCUGGUGCCGUUCAGUUCGGAGUUUAAGUUCGUGAUGACGGCGACCAUGGUGGUGGACUACUGUGGGUGUUGGGUUGUGGAGAGGGUGCUCAAGCAGCUCUUUAGUGAUUAUAGACCCAAGGAGAUUGCGGUUCGGAGGCCGGAUCAGGUGGAGAGGGAGGAGAGGAGGAAGAGGGAGGAGGCGGCCCGGUUAGAGAUGGAGAGGGCGGAGAACGUGGAGAAGGCUAAUGGGGUGGCUUGA